UUUGAGGUCCAUGAAGUAAUUUCUUGAUGAAGACUGACCGCACCAAUGAAGAUAUAUUAAUUCUUUGUUUUUCCUUUGAAAACAGUAUAAUUGUCCAUUGUUCGCUAUUCAUUUUGCGUCAUUUACAUGUUUCUAGAUUUCAACCACUGUCGGUGUUAUCAUUUUUUCUUCCAUACUUUUCCUCUUGUUAUUGUCUUCUCCUUAUGCUAAUGUGAAGUGUGGGAAGUUCAACUAUUGAGAACUUUUAUAAAGUCCUACUUUACUUUUAUUUUUCUUUAUCCAAUUUUGUUUGAAUGUACAUUGUCCUCUGAAUAUGUUGUGUUCUAAAAUUUCGAUGUUAGUUGUCUUUCAGUAUGUGUACCAUACGUUAUGUUGAUUUUUAAUAUGCAUGCAGUUAUCUUACGAUUAUUAUUGUUGUAUCUCACAGGUUGUGUCUGUUUGACAGUUUCAUCAAAUGGGAAAGUAUCCGUCAUUGAUCCACCUUACGUUUCCGGAGAAUGGUAUUGGAAACUGCGUUUCUUUUAUCCAGUCAGUAAAAGCGUGGAUGGAAAUGUUGGUGAACUACAGAACUAUACGUUUAUUCCGAAGACAACCUCAUCUAAUGUACAUACAAAUGAAACUAUAAAAUCAGAUAACCAACUAAUUAGUAUUAAUUUGGUUAUGUCCACAGAAGGUUCCAAACUACAGAAAUGUGUUUUGUUGUUAACAAUAGAGGAGGAUGAGGAAUACUUUGCCUGGACAAAUAUGACAUUAAUAUAUCAGUUCGCUGAGCCUUUAUCCACUUUAUCACAAUCUGAAUUACCUACUUCUGAAGCCAAAAUUUCCACUUCGUCUGAUCAAAAAUUUUUAACUCGUACUGAUGAAGUGUAUGUGUGUGAUACAGAAAUACCAAUUAAAUUUGGUCACAGUGUUGAGAUUGUCUUUAAUUCAAUGACAUUUCAAGCAUUUAAAGCUGAAGAAACAAUUAGACCAGAUCGCUUACGAGAAGUUUGUCCACGUGACUUCAAGAGUAACAUACCAAUUACAGCGUUGACUGGAGUUUCAUUGCUUGUUGUGGUAGUACUUAUUGUUUCAGUAUUUGGAAUAAAUGCUUAUUUGGCUCAUCUUAAAUCAACACUUCAGUAUCAACAAGAGUUGAAGAACAAUCAACAAAAUACUGCAAAAGACUCAGUCUCUUUUAAUUCAGUUAAUGUAACUGAGUGUAUUGAAUUGAAGGAUGCUAAUUUGAACAUCAAUAAUCAACAAAGUGGAACAAUGAAUUCAAGUUCAAGAAAUUCACGUUUACCACCAUUAAAUAGAAUUACCGUUAUCUCUCAAGAUGACUUUCAUCAGUUAUGUGCUCUUCUGGAGUUUCGCGGUUAUUUUCUUAUUACAUAUACAAACAAUCGUUCGAAAGAGACAACCUGUUAUCGAAUUCCUAUCGAUUUGACAGAGAAAUAUUCUUCGAAAGAUGAGAUUUCUUACAUUUUGGAUAAAUCUUUUUUGAUGAAUCAUAACAACACAAAUAGCAAUAUAUCGGAUAAUAACAGUAAUAACAAAUCAAAAAUACCAUAUGUUGAGCCAGAUAAUUUGAUAAUAGUAACAACGAAUUCAUCAUGCUGUGACAAUUUUCUUCGAUGUUUCUCUCUUCCACUCAAUUCUAGUGGAAAUGAGAACAGUUUGAUAAGAGAUUGGACAAUUGAUUUUUACUGGAACCGUACACCAGAAAUGUACGAGUUUGGUGAAGAGGGUUGGAGUAGUGUUGGUUCACCUGUUGGCGCAUUAUCAGGUGUUUAUGAUCUGGUUGAUGUGAAACUAAAGUAUCGUUUUGAUAGAAAUUCUGGAUUUGACUUUCUAAUAAGUGGAAAUGAUACUAAGGAAUUUAUUGUACAUAGCUUAGCUGAAAAGCGUUUACAAGCUAGAGUUGGUGAUUAUUAUGAAUGUGUUUCAGAGACUCAAUUUGUUUUUGAUACAGAAAAUAGUACAGUAGUUAAUUCGAAUGAUAAUUACAUUAAAUCACAUAACGACAAAUGGAAUAUUAUAAUGAGUUUACAAAGUGUACGCUCUCAAGCAUUUGCUGACGUCAAUGUACCAGAAUUUACUGGAGCAAGUGUUGUGUGUGCUGGUGAUAUCUCACAUGAUAUGAGUCUAUCUAUUGCAAUUGGUUUAUCAUUGUGCAGUGUACUUAUUUGUGUACUAUUCGGUUUAGCAAUUAAUCACUUAAGACAAAAAGAUGAAGUCUUUAAACCCGUGGACACAACAGGAGAUGACCAAAAGUCAUGAAAAUAUAACGAUGAUUAUGAACAAUGUUCUCAAAUUGCAAACAUUUAGCAUUAUUAUCACAUUCAUGACUUACAUUACUCGUUUUUAAGUUCACCAUUAUUCAUUAUAUCAGUCACCUAAACCAGAUCAGCAAAAGUUUUGUGACGGAAGACGGGCGAUAGUCUACGCAUUUUUUCACAUUUAAUUUUCUAUUUUAAUUUUGGAAUAAAUACUACUUAUAGAAUUCCUACCGUCCAUGUUUUUCUUCAAGAACUUAUUAAAUAAAAGAUGACAAUCCAG